GCUGGCCCUGCUGAGGCCGGGUGCCGGGUGGGGCUGCUUGCUGACUCUCUUCUGGGUACCCUUGCACAUCAUGGACACCGGCGGCCAAGGCUGCUCACUGUCCUCACUUUAUGUUGGUGAUCUGCACCCCGACGUGACCGAAGCUAUGCUCUAUGAGAUGUUCUCUCCCAUCGGCACUAUUCUGUCCAUCCGCGUGUGUCGGGACAUCUCCACCCGGCGGUCUCUGGGUUAUGCCUACAUCAACUUCCAGCAGCCUGCUGAUGCAGAACGGGCCCUGGACACGAUGAACUUUGAGAUGGUCAAAGGGCAGCCCAUCCGCAUCAUGUGGUCCCAUCGAGACCCAGGGCUUCGAAGGUCUGGUAUAGGCAACAUCUUUAUCAAAAACCUGGAGAACUCCAUUGACAAUAAGGCCCUCUAUGACACCUUCUCUACCUUCGGGAGCAUCCUCUCAUCUAAGGUAGUAUAUAAUGAACAUGGAUCACGAGGGUUUGGCUUUGUGCAUUUUGAGACCCACGAAGCUGCCCAGAAGGCCAUCAACACCAUGAAUGGGAUGUUGCUGAAUGACCGAAAAGUCUUCGUAGGCCACUUCAAGUCUCGACAGAAGCGGGAGGCAGAGCUGGGGGCUCGGACCCUAGGGUUCACCAACAUCUAUGUAAAGAACCUGCAUGUGGACAUGGACGAGCAGGGCCUUCAGGAUCUCUUCUCUCAGUUUGGAAAGAUGCAGAGUGUGAAGGUGAUGAGAGACAACAAUGGCCAGUCCCGAGGCUUCGGCUUCGUCAACUUUGAGAAGCAUGAGGAAGCCCAGAAGGCUGUGGACCACAUGAACGGCAAGGAGGUGAGCGGGCAGCAGCUGUAUGUGGGUCGGGCCCAGAAGCGGGCAGAGCGGCAGAGUGAGCUGAAGCGCAGGUUUGAGCAGAUGAAGCAGAAGAGGCAAAACCACUACCAGGGUGUGAACCUUUAUGUGAAGAACCUGGAUGACUCCAUUAACGAUGAGAGGCUGAGGGAAGUCUUCUCCGCCUACGGAGUGAUCACCAGUGCUAAGGUGAUGACAGAAAGUAGCCACAGCAAAGGCUUUGGCUUCGUGUGCUUUUCCUCUCCAGAAGAGGCAACAAAGGCUGUGACAGAGAUGAACGGACGCAUCGUGGGUACUAAGCCACUGUAUGUGGCCCUGGCGCAGCGCAAAGAGGAGCGGAAGGCCAUCUUGACCAACCAGUAUAGGCAGCGCCUCUCUUGCCCUGUCUUGAGCUCUUUCCAGCAGCCCACCAGCUACUUACUACCUGCUGUACCCCAGCCUACAGCACAGGCUAUGUACUAUGGCUCUGGCUCUAUAGCUCCAAUGCAACCUGACCCCAGGUGGACGGCUCAGCCACACGGACCUUCAUCUACCUGCCCCCCAGCUGCCCCAGUGGUCCAGCCUCUAAGCACGACUCAACACUCCUGUAUCCACCUCAGCGGAGCCAGGCAGGCCGCUGGCCAGGUGCCUCACAUGCAGAAAGUGGCCAACAUUGGUACCCAGAUUUCAGGGCCAGGUGGGGAUGGAUGCUCUAUUCCAGGCCAGCCGCUCAUGCCACAUAGAAGAUCCUCUGCUGUACACAGUGUCCAUGGGGUCCAGGAGUCGGCUGUGUAUGUCCCUGGCCACCAGCCUCUGACUGUGUCCAUGUUGGCUGCCGUGCCCCUGCAUGAGCAAAAACAGAUGAUUGGGGAGCGCCUCUACUCCCUCAUCCACAAUGCCUGCGCCCCACUGACUGGCAAGAUCACGGGCAUGCUGCUGGAGAUGGACAACCUGGAGCUUCUGUUAUUGCUGGAGUCCCCAGAGUCCCUCCAUGCCAAGGCAGGUGGACACUGGGUGGCAGCACAGCACAAUCAGGGCCAUCCUGGAUAAGGUAGAGCAGCUGCCCUCGGUCUGCUCGAUUUGAGUUGAAGGUUCCUAAGUUCAGUCCCACCACAGAUGAGCUCCGUGUAAAGCUUCAGAACAUGUGUUCUGACAGGACGGAGUCACGUCCAGCAGUGUCGCCUCUGUUUUGAGAAGGUGGCAGUGGGGCUGGGAUCUUGUGAGCGGCAGGAUAUGAGGGCCCCAUGCGAGGUCAUGGCUCUUCUGGGGCCGUACUGGGCCGUAUUGCACUAAGCGUCUGUUCUGUGUCCCGUAGAUAGAAGAGGCGGUAGCGGUACUGCAGGCACACAAGGAGAUGGAGUCAGCAGAAGGCUAAAGGAACUCAGCACAGUGGGUGCCUGGGGGCGGGAGGGCCCACGGCCCAGCAGCUAAGCUGCCCACCUGAGACUGUCUAGAACCCACCAGAGGCCGACAUUCAAAAACUCACUGCGAUGUCUUCAUGGCUUUGUCUGAAGCAUCAUGGAGUCAUAGGAGGAUGCGCAAUGGCUGGAGUGUUCUCAUGCCAGCUUCCCUGCCAGGCCUCAGCGUUUACUGCCUGGCUUUGUUCUGCCUGUCUGAAGGCCUGGUCUUGCUGUGGGUUAGUCCACCUUCUUAACUGAAGACUGGGUCCAUACUUCGGGAUUUUUUUUUUUUUUUUACCUCCCUCCAUUGAAAAUGGAACCUUCACUCCCUUCACGGCUGAUUACAGCAUUUCUGCACUUGGUUCUAAGGCUGUGUGAACUCUUAACUUAUUUAC